CGAUCGCGAUCGUAGCGAGCUACAAAGGAGAAUAUAUGUAUACACAUAUACUUAUACAAACCUAGAGAAUUUCCAGUGUGCGGGUGUGCUCCUUCGUUACGAACGAAAAACGAUUACGUAGAUUACGUAAUCGACAAUAAAAAAAGAAAACUCGAAGAAGAAGAUAGAUCAUAUCCCGAUCAAAAUGACGAAUCGAAGACAGUGCUUUCAUCGACAAGUGCUCGGUUUGCUACUCCUUUUACAAGCAAGCAUUCGGUCCGGGCACGUGGUACACGUGGCCGAGGCAGUAGAAACUGCUCACGCGGCCGAUCCACCGCCCUCGGCAUCGGUACCCACUAGCGUCUCAGGGCCGGAUUACACCGGGCCGUCAGCCGGUGCCGACGAAUGCGAUCCAGAGAUGGUCGGCUUCGAGCUGAUUACCGGCUAUGUAUACACCGCGCCCACGAACAUGCUCGAGUCCAUACCGGGCACGUUGAUGCUCACCGACUGUCUCGAAACCUGUCAAGCGAACGAUUCUUGCCAGGCGGUCAACUACGAGACCGGUCUUUGCGUUCUAUUCAGCUCUAACGCCGACAGCAAUCCAGGUGCUCUAUCGCAAUCGCAAUUCCCAGUGUUCACGAUCUACGCUCAGAAGAGUUGUCUUGCUGUGAAGCCGUGCGAACGCGCUUGGUGCAUCGACAGAGUACAGGGCCAUCGUCUUCAGGGUCACGCGCGCAGGACUAUGAACGCGUCCUCGCGACAACAUUGUCUGGAACUCUGCCUAGGCGAAAGAGACUUCUUAUGUCGAUCGGCUAACUAUGCAAAUGCCACGAAAAGUUGUGAACUUUCGGACAUGGACCGAUUGACGGUAGCUGGUUCAAGCGCAUUUCAAACAGCGAAGGACUUCGAUUAUCUUGAAAAUCAUUGCGUCGAGGAGCCAGUAAAAUUGUGUGAAUUCAAGAAACUUAGCGGUCGUAUUCUCAAGACCGUCGAUUCGGUUUAUCAGGACGUUGGUACAUCUGAAGAGUGUCGCGAAUUGUGCUUGAAUUCACCUUUCCGUUGCCAUUCUUAUGAUUACGGUGAUACCGGCGAUAUGGUUUGCCGUCUUAGUCAUCAUUCUAGAGCUACCCUUUCAGACAUUCAGGAACCCUAUUUGGAUGUGGCAGAAGCAUCAACAUACGAGCUGAGUUCAUGCUAUAAUGUUACAAUCGAUUGCCGAGCUGGAGAUAUGGUAACCAGAAUUCAAACUAGCAAACUCUUUUAUGGAAAAGUCUAUGCAAAGGGAUCGCCGAAUUCAUGCGUGCAGGAUGUGAAGGGAGCUCUUGAAUUCGAACUCCGAAUGGCUUACGACGAUCUCGAAUGCAACAUUAGACAGCAGGGACUUGGCCGAUAUCUGAAUGACGUUGUGAUUCAGCAUCACGACACGAUCGUGACAAGCUCUGACCUUGGCCUCGCAGUGACCUGCCAAUACGAUCUGACCAAUAAGACGGUUUCGAAUGAAGUCGAUCUCGGCGUGCACGGUGACAUUACACCAGCCUUGUCAGAAGAAGUGAUUGUCGAUUCUCCGAACGUAGCGAUGAAGAUCACCGAUCGCAGUGGGAACGAGGCGAUCCCUUCUGCCGAAGUCGGCGACCCGUUGGCUCUCAAAUUCGAGAUUCUCGAUCCCAACAGCCCCUACGAGAUUUUCGUCCGAGAACUCGUCGCUAUGGACGGCGUCGACUCCAGCGAAAUCGUUCUGAUCGAUUCAGACGGUUGUCCUACCGAUCACGUGAUCAUGGGACCUCUUUACAAAUCCGCAACCUCCGGAAAGAUACUUUUGUCGCACUUCGACGCGUUCAAAUUUCCCAGCUCGGAAGUGGUACAGUUCCGUGCAUUGGUGACACCCUGCAUGCCAAGUUGCGAACCGGUACAGUGCGAUCAGGAAGAGGCUACGGGCGAGCUAAGAUCAGUAAUCUCGUUCGGUCGACGUCGUCGUCGUCGUUCAACCUCGUCAUCGCAAAGCCGAGAGGAUCUACUGUUGGUACAAUCAAUCCAAAUUACGGACAAGUUUGGAUUCGAACGAGAAGGGAAACCAUCGAACGGCACGUCGGCUACGCGGGACACCGUCUUCGUCGAAAGUACCGAAGACAUUAAUGGCUCAUCGAUGGGAGUUUGCAUAAAUCUUGGUGAGGCAAUUGUGGCUGGUACGGUCUUCCUCGUUGCACAAAUUGCCAUAAUCGCAGUAUGGACCUUUACCUGGCAACGGCGUCGACAAAUGUUAAAACAUCAGGAAGCCCUCUCGGUAUCGGUAUCUGUGCCAGGCAUGCACUCGCCUGGUUCAGCUCGUACCGACAGUCUUUGUAAGUUGUAUGACGCCGGUUACGCCGGACGUCGUUUCUGAAGUCGAAAGACUUACAUCGUCAUCUUUCAACCCUCUUCGAUCUACACCCUUUCUCGCCUCUUAUCGCAUCUUGAUCAUUCGUAGUAAACUGUCCGAUAUUACCGAACGGCGAAUAAUUAACGAUGACGCACGAAGCGCGAGUCCCGACUUUUGUCACGACGAACGGACAAUUUUUAAUGCUUUUUUUUAUCCCCCCUCCCUAUUCUCCAGUUUUACUAUACUAUCCUUUUCUCAUUUCUUUCCCGUUGCAUUCCAUUUUCAUCAUCUCGAUUAGUUCUUUCUUUUUUUAUCUUCUUUUUUUAUUUUUUUUUUAUCUUUUUCCCCUCUUAUUCUUUUUACAGAAUCUUUUUUAGCUCGCUUGGCACUUGUCCGUUACCUUGUACUCGGGAAUCGCGCGAAAUUCUCGGCGCAGUCUGAUUUAAUAUAGAUAUUAAGUACGACGGCUUGGACGGACGAAGAAAAAAGAGAUUAGUAAACAGAGUAUCUGAGUGUGUAUGUCCAUGAUUCCAAGUUGCUUUCCAUCCAAGCCAUCGAUCGAUCGAGUUCUGCUAUCUUUAAUCGCGCGUCUUACGCUCGUGCAUCUUCGAUCCAAUUUGCCAAUGCUUAGACUAUCGUAAUUUUCUACGAAGGAACGAUCGAUCGAUCGAGCUUUCGAAGUGAAGAAAAAAGAAAGAAGGGAAGGAAAUGAGAAAGAGAAGAAUGGCUGGCUGAUACUUUCACGAAGAAGUUCGAUCGGUCGUUCCAGGCUAAAGAAAGAAGAAGCACGAAGACGAAAGUAGAAAAUAUAAAAGAAAGUAGAAAAGAAGAGGAAGGGAUGGGGGUGGUGUCUGUCCUUUUUCUUCCGACAAACCGGUUGCUUCUCGUUAACCCUUCGUUCCCGAGGCAAUAUGCGCGGGCGUGGAGCCGAGGCGUGGCACGGCUCCGAAGGUGAUGGAGGUCGACGUGUAUUUGCUACGUAGGAUAGGGCACCGCACCAUGGACUCUAAUUAGCAUUGGGAAUCGAGCGUGAUUAUGCAGAUGCUCCGAGUAGGAUAUCAACGGGUGUAACGAUGGGAGGGCCAAGGAAGGCGCGAGAGAUCGGUUGGAGCAGCUCGAAACGGAAGGAGAAGCGAGAACGAGGGGGAAACAUGGUUGAGAAGGGGUGGUACGCGCGCAAAGGGGUUGGCGGAAGGUUAAUUGCCUCUUGUGGUGUCUCGAGGCUAAGCUAAGCUUGCAGGGUAGAACUUGAUAGGGUUGGAUGUACCCACAGCCGGCGAACGGAAGGGAGGUCCUACAGGAGACAGAGACGCAGGAUGAGUAGAAGGAGGAGGAGGAUGGGGGUAGCUUUGGAUCACAUCGGAGAUAGCCAUCUCCUUCACGUAACCUCGAUCUCUCCCCUUUCGAACUGAACCUUAGCCACGUCCUGCAUCUCCGUCCUGCCUGGCUUAAUUUACAUCGCGACGCGUGACCUUAUCAAUCUGGAGACGACGUAUUCGUCGUCCUCUCGCUCUCAAGAGUGAGGGAGAGAAAGAGAGAGAGCGAGAGAAAGAGAAAUAGAUAUCGGCAAAAUAGAAAAUAUUCCCUUAGGAACGAAGAAAAUUCUCGUAAUCAAGAUUUUGCUUGCUCAACACUGAUUCGAAUUUCGCGCGAAGACGAAGCGAUUAUAGUUCGAACGAACAUCUAGACAGAAGCUAAUAUGAAUUUCCGAGAUAGAGAGGAGAAAACAAAGUGGCUAAGCAAUCGAAAUUCAGCAUAGGCGAUGGUAGUUACGCUAGGUAAAUUUAGAUCGAUUAACCUUAUCGAAGAGACUUGGUCGAUUCUCGACGUUGCUCUCUAAGUGGUAGGGAAAUCGAAUUAAUCGAGAAAGUUGAAGAUUAGAAUACGCUAGUCAAGACAAACAGACAGGGUGAACGAUAAUAGAAAAGGAUGAGAGAUAGAGAGAGAUAGAGGGACAGAGAUAUAGAGAGGAAGAGAGAUGAAAAGCGGGUUGCCAUAGAGGAAUUUACCUUACAGUUACCCGAACUUUGAAUUGUUCUGCUGUUUGACGUUUGUCUACGGUGGAAACGAGGGAAGCGUGCUCGUGGUUUAUUCCCGUACGUAUGUAUCUAACCAGUGGAAUACGUGGAUAAUGACUACCUGUCCGCUACGCUCAACGUUAGGGAAAUGUAGUCUCCGUGUCCGUACCCUUUCUCUCUCUCUUUCUAUCUCUACGCGUAUUCCCAAUGUCACGGCGCGUUUAUAAAUUUCUACUUUCGUGCCGUCAGUAAUGAUUUCAAUCGCCGUGUCGACCGGAUUAUAUAUAAUUUACGAGGAAGACAGGAAGAAGCGGAGGUGGAGCACGUUGAAGAACAAG